AGCCAUAGCAUCUCCAUAUUUUCAUAAUCAUUUGUCUCAACCUCCAAACAAAGCCUAAUUAAGAUUGGAAUAUCACAUAAUUUUUAAUGAAUUCAAUGGAGCUAAUUCCCAUGAAAGACAAGUCACUUCUCCCACCUACCUUUCUACCCUCCACUUGUAUAAAUCUCCAUGAAAAUUCUCAUCUUUUCACAACCUCAACCCCAUCUACUCACUGAAAAAACAUAUUAUAAUACAAUUGAAAUCAUGGUUGCAGGUACAGUCAGUCAUGAAAUCCAAUCUCCGAUUUCACCGUCAAGAUUCUGGAAUGCGAUUGUGAAGGACUCCCACAACCUCAUGCCCAAACUUAUGCCCGAAAUCAUAACAAGCAUUGUUAUCCUUGAAGGUGAUGGUGGGGUCGGAACUAUCAGACAAUCCAACUUCACCGAUGCUAUCAAGGACUUCAGUUAUUGGAAGGACCGCAUAGAUGAGAUCGACAAUGAUAAGCACUUAUUCAAGUACUCAGUGAUCGAGGGUGGCUUGCUUGGUAAGAAAGUGAAGUCGACUACAUUUACUCUAGAAUUCAAAGGUGGCAUUGAGGGUGGGAGCAUAUGCAAGUUCCAUGGGGAGUUUGAGACAGUUGAAGGAAGCGUGCCUAAAGAAGAUGAAACAAAGGAGAUGAUGGGAAACAUGGUGGGAAUGUUUAAGGCUGUGGAAGGAUAUCUUGUUGCAAAUCCAAAUGCAUACGUUUAGGUUUGAGUUUUUAUGUUAGGGAGGUUGUAAAGACUUUCAUGAAUAAGUUUCAUUUACUUGGAAUGUGUUUGCUUGGGAAUAGGAGGCUCCCAGUUUCUUUUUCAUCUGUACUUCGUGUCUUUCU